CUCCAGUGUGGUGAUGGGAAGAUGCAUCAUAUUCAUUUUUACCUGAAGGAUGCUGCUGCUGAUGGGGAGGAGCAAACCAUGUUGACAGGCACAUUGGGGUCAAAUGCAAAUUAUCCUUGUCCCCACUGCAAGGUUCACACAAGUAAAUUAUCCUCCCUGACAGUCAAAUGGCCUGCCCAGACAUCAGAAGACAGUCACUCACCAUUCCAAUCUGCAAUGUCUGCCUCCACAAAGAAAAGGGUGACUGAAAUCCUCUCAAGUGCUGGCUUGGCUGGGGUUCCAAAUGCUUUCUGGGCUCUAGGGAGUGAUCCUCAUGCAAUGGUUUCAUAUGAUAAACUUCACUUCAAUGAUUUAGGCCUCUGGGGUGACCACAUUUGGCCAUUAUGCCAGGGAAUCAUUGAAGGAUAUCCAAAGUUUAUUAGAGCAAAAUUUGAGCAAGGUACUGAAAGGUUCCGGACGAUAUCUAAAACGGGGAACCGAGUGGGGACAAUUAAAAAGGUGUACACUAAGCCACUGUCACCCAAUGGGCAGAAAUCUUGGUCCUUCCCCAAAGCCCAUGCUGUAUCCCAUGAAUUUGAUGAUGUUUUCCAGAAAGGUGCCCUCAUCCAUGUCAGUACCAAACCAGGUGAAAAACAUCAUGGGGAAUACCAGCAGGUAUAUCUGUCAAGUAACAAAAAAAAUGUCAACCAGCAUGUAUGU